CGGCCGCGCGCGUCCCCGGCGGCUGCGGGCUCAGAGGCCGAGCAGGGAAGGCCUCGCGGGGCUGCGGCUGUGGCUCUGAGAGAAUGAACCAGCAGUAAAAGAAAAAAUGUGGCCAACUAGCUGAUUGCUGUUGGAGAAGAUGCUUUCUCUUUGUGACAGGCACGUGUGGGAUCUGCAACAGAAAUGAUGGCUGGCUGUGGUGAAAUUGAUCACUCAAUAAACAUGCUUCCUACGAACAGGAAAGCAAAUGAGUCCUGUUCUAAUGCUGCACCUUCUCUGACAGUUCCUGAGUGUGCCAUAUGUCUGCAAACGUGUGUUCACCCAGUCAGUCUGCCCUGUAAGCAUGUUUUCUGCUAUCUGUGUGUAAAAGGAGCUUCGUGGCUUGGAAAGAGAUGUGCCCUUUGUCGACAAGAAAUCCCCGAAGAUUUCCUUGACAAGCCAACUUUAUUGUCACCAGAAGAACUCAAGGCAGCAAGUAGAGGGAAUGGCGAAUAUGCGUGGUAUUAUGAAGGAAGAAACGGGUGGUGGCAGUAUGAUGAGCGUACUAGUAGAGAGCUGGAAGAUGCUUUUUCCAAAGGUAAAAAGAACACUGAAAUGUUAAUUGCUGGGUUUCUAUAUGUUGCUGAUCUUGAAAAUAUGGUUCAAUAUAGGAGAAACGAACAUGGACGUCGUAGGAAGAUUAAGCGAGAUAUAAUAGAUAUACCAAAGAAGGGCGUAGCUGGACUUAGGCUGGACUGUGAUGCGAAUUCUGUAAACCUAGCAAGAGAGAGCUCUGCUGAUGGUGCGGAUAGCAUGUCGGCACAGAGUGGAGCUUCUGUCCAGCCUCCAGUGUCAUCCGCUGUGAGGCCCCUGACAUCAGUGGAUGUGCAGCUGACCAGCCCUGCCACACCAUCGCCUGAUGCAGGCCCUUCUCUGGAAGACUCUUUAGCUCAUUUGCAACUCGAUGGAGACAGCAUAAAUGAGAGGAGUCACAGGGGAGAAGGAGAAGAAGACCGUGAAUCUCCAUCUUCAGGCAGAGCGCCAGACACCUCCGUUGAGGAAACAGAAUCAGAUGCCAGUAGUGAUAGUGAUGAUGUAUCUGCGGUCGCUGCACAGCACUCCUUGACUCAACAGAGACUUUUGGUGCCCAAUGCAAACCAGACAGUAGCUGAUCGAUCAGGAACUGACCGGUCAGUAGCAGGGGGUGGAACAGUGAGUGCCAGUGUCAGAUCCAGAAAACCCGAUGGACAGUGCACAGUAACAGAAGUCUAAAUAGAUGUCCUCAGCUCCGUGCCCAAGGUUGGAUGGUUAUCUGUAAAUUUCUGCCCACAUAACAUUACUCAUCCCUAGUAGUGCAUUUUGGGAGAUGGGUGGGAAUGGGUCUGGGAAGGAUAAAUCUGAAUGAAAUGUCUAACAUGUCUCUGUUGAGAAAUAAUUAUUUAAUGUAAGGAACUUGGGUGUUAAUAGUUGAGACCUGUUUAGUAAUAACCCAGUUUUCUUGACAUCUGUUUUCUUUUUAGGUUUUUUUUUUUU